CGAUCACUGCUUCGGUUGCUCGUCGCGCAAUUUCGGAGCAGAAACACGAAACAAAUCGACCAAAAAUAGAACUGCCUUGGACCAUAACAAAUCCAGAGAAGAUUCACCUGAUUUGUAGGGAGGAGGACAUAAGCGAACACGCCCUCCUCCUCCUCCCCUUUGGAAGUGCCAUUACAAAACGAUUCCAUUGCUCGUUUCCUGGAGAAUUUGACCUUCUCCGGCAGGAGGGGGUCUUGGAAAGGGUGUUGGGGUUUCUCUCUUCCUCCGAGCCACCGCGACGCCGGUUCGGCCUUGGUGCGCCGUAAAUGGACCCAUCUCCGCCGCCGGACUCUCCAUCCUCGCCAACCCCUCCAUCCCCUCCGUCAGAUUUGUCGUCGCCUCCGCCGUCGUUGCCGCCGCCGUCGCCGUCAUCUCCCCCUCCCACGACAUCGAAUUCAACCACAUCGCCACCACCAUCAGCCUUGCCCCCACCGUCAACCUCGCCUCCUCCGGCUUCAACGCCGCCGCCGUCACCACCUUCAGAGGCGAAUCCGUCACCGCCAUCUCCAUCAAGUAAUUUGAAUCCCCCGCCCUCACCUCCGAAAGGUGUCCCUAGCCCUAUUCCGCAACAACCAUCGCCGCCACCGCCAAAAACAUCAAAUACACCGCCAUUAUCUUCUCCACCGCCUCCUCAGCCAACGAACUCUCCUCCUCUAAUUCUGCCUCCAAGCGGCUCCUCUGGUAGCACAUUAUCACCGCCUCCUCCAUUCACUGAUGCAUCGAAUUUUCCACCGCCUCCAAGAUCUCUCACGCCACCGUCAAAUGGGACAUCUCCUCUGUCGCCUCCGACGGGCUCCUCGACAACUAGCGGCUCACCAACAUCUCAUAGCUCCUCGUCGCUCGCUGUCAUGCCUCUCAUGAUCGGAGUCGCAAUAGGAAUAGGAUUGUUAUUGGCCGUGCUCUUGGUGUGGUUUAUCUUGUCAUGCACUAAGAAGAAGAACAAGAACUCGCAAGCUCAGAUGAACCAUUACGCUGGCUCAAAAGCUGGCAAAAGCUACUUCAACAGCUCUAAUAGUUCCUAUUCGAGUAGGCGUAACACUCAACAACCUACAGCAGAUCAUGUCGUUCAAAUCCCUCCCCCGCCGAGGGCAAUAGUGAAUACUCUACCUUCAGGUUGGCCGAAGCUGCCGCCGCUGCCGCCCACGAGCAGCACCGACGUGAACUCGAGCUUGCCGAGUCUGCACGGCCCAGACUCUUCCAUCGCGAUUGGGUUCAACAAAAGCACCUUCACCUACAAUGAAUUAGCAACUGCUACAAAUGGAUUUGCGUUCGAUACCAUAAUCGGCCAAGGGGGUUUCGGGUACGUGCACAAAGGGUUGUUGCCGAACGGACAGGAGGUGGCCGUGAAGUGCUUGAAAGCAGGGAGCGGACAAGGAGAUCGGGAGUUUCAGGCGGAGGUCGAGAUCAUCAGCCGUGUUCAUCACCGACACCUGGUGUCACUGGUAGGGUAUUGUAUCGCCGGAAGCCAGAGAAUGCUGGUUUACGAGUUCUUGCCGAACAAAACCCUAGAGCAUCACCUUCAUGGGAAAGAUUGUCCGCCCAUGGAUUGGUCCACGAGGCUUCGAAUUGCAUUAGGAUCUGCAAAAGGGCUCGCUUAUUUGCAUGAAGAUUGUCACCCUCGUAUCAUCCAUCGAGACAUCAAAGGUGCGAACAUCCUUCUUGAUUUCAACUUCGAGGCCAAGGUGGCGGACUUUGGACUAGCUAAGCUUACUUCGGACAAUUACUCUUACGUCUCAACACGUAUCAUGGGAACAUUCGGUUACUUGGCCCCGGAGUAUGCGGCGAGCGGCAAACUGACCGACAAGUCCGACGUUUUCUCCUUCGGGGUUAUGCUCUUGGAGCUGAUAACGGGACGGCGUCCGGUCGACCACACCGGCGAGCUGAUGGAGGACAGCCUCGUGGAUUGGGCUAGGCCCCGGAUCGGGCGUGCCUUGGAAGAGAGCAACUUCAACGAGUUAGCCGACCCACGGCUGGAAGCCAGCUACGUCCACCACGAGAUGGCGCGCAUGGUGGCGUGCGCCGGUGCGUGUAUCCGGCACUCCGCUAGGAGGAGACCGAAAAUGAGCCAGAUUGUUCGAGCCCUAGAAGGGGAUGGUUCUUUCGACGACUUAAGCGACUGGCCGAAGUCAAACAGCCAAAGCUCGGCCACCGGCGGAUCAAGCGGCACCGAUUACGGCUCCGUCUCUUACAGCGAGAACAUGAGGCAAUUCAAGAAAGUCACGUUUAACAGUCGAGAGUACGUGAGCAGCGAGUACGGUGGCACGAGCGAGUACGGGCUCAACCCUUCUUCGUCGAGCAGCGACUCGGAGGAGACGAGCAAAGGCGGGUCCAGGAGACACAGUCCGUGAAAACAUCGUUUCCGAUUCGAGAAGAUGAAUUGACCCGAAUCGGAUAAUAAUCGUAUAGUUUUUUGUUUCUAUUUUUCGUUUUUUUUUCUUGAACUUCCGUUGAACAAUUGUUAUAUGCGUUCGUGAUGGAAGAAAAAGUAGGAAUAUAUAUUGAUGUGGUGUUGCGUUGUGUCAAUUGCUUUUUAUUCGUAAUUGACUUCAAUGAAAUUAAAAUUGCGUA